AUCUGUCCGCCGUAAAGAGCGCGCGAGGAGCGGAGGUCCGGGGUCCGCCGGGGUCACGUGAGGUAUCGCCCCCCCUACCCGCCCCCAACGCCCCAGUGACUUGCCCUGUUACACCCAUUCUGAGUUGGAGGUGUCUUCUCCAGCUUCUCCAGGAUGCCGGCAGCACUUGUGGAGAACAGCCAAGUUAUCUGUGAAGUGUGGGCCAGCAAUCUGGAAGAUGAGAUGAGGAAGAUCCGAGAAAUCGUCCUAAGUUACAGCUACAUUGCCAUGGACACCGAAUUUCCAGGUGUUGUGGUGCGACCGAUUGGUGAAUUCCGCAGCUCCAUAGAUUACCAGUACCAGCUGCUGCGAUGUAACGUUGACCUUCUCAAAAUCAUCCAGCUCGGCCUCACAUUCACGAACGAGAAAGGGGAGUACCCUUCUGGGAUCAACACGUGGCAGUUCAACUUUAAAUUCAACCUCACAGAGGACAUGUACUCCCAAGAUUCGAUAGACCUACUUGCAAACUCCGGGCUCCAGUUCCAGAAGCACGAAGAGGAAGGCAUCGACACCCUGCACUUCGCGGAGCUGCUGAUGACCUCGGGAGUGGUCCUCUGCGACAACGUCAAGUGGCUCUCAUUUCACAGUGGUUAUGAUUUUGGCUACAUGGUGAAGCUACUGACUGAUUCCCGACUGCCUGAAGAGGAGCAUGAGUUCUUCCACAUCCUGAACCUCUUCUUUCCCUCCAUCUAUGAUGUGAAGUACUUGAUGAAGAGCUGCAAAAAUCUCAAAGGAGGUCUUCAGGAAGUUGCCGAUCAGCUGGAUUUGCAGCGUAUUGGAAGACAACAUCAGGCAGGUUCAGACUCGCUGCUCACAGGAAUGGCAUUUUUCAGGAUGAAAGAGUUGUUUUUUGAAGACAGUAUCGAUGACGCCAAGUACUGUGGGAGGCUGUACGGCCUCGGCACCGGCGUGGCACAGAAGCAGAAUGAGGAUGUGGACUCUGCUCAGGAGAAGAUGAGCAUCCUGGCCAUUAUCAAUAAUAUGCAGCAGUGACAGUGGGGUACAGCUUUGCAGGAUGAGCCAGUUCUGUUGUGGUGCUUGCUGUCCUGGACUGUGAGGUGUGUGAGUGUGCGUGUGCGUGUGUGCGUGCGUGGUGUCUGUCUCACUUUUCCGCCCCCUGUCUUCCUCCAGAAAAAGCUAUUAUUGAACAUAUUGUAUCUACAAUCUGCAUCGAGCAGAACGACUGUUGUUUUACUAAAGACAAAUGUCUUUAUUUUAGAUCUAGAAAAGGGAAACUCAUGCUGAAUUAUUCAUGAGCAGCUCCCCCCAACUCCUCCUCCUCCUCUGUCAAAGCAUAGUAAUACCAGCAUCAAGGCCUCACCACUUGACUCCUUUUUAAUAUCCAGGACAAGCCGGAAACAAGUAAAAUGUAUAUAUAACUCUU